AUGUCGACAUCGUUACCACCAUAUGAAAUUAGAGGUUGGGAUACCGGGGAUGAUGAUUUUGAUAUGAGCAUCCGCCGCAACGGAGUCGGCUUUACGAUUUCCGUCUCACCAUAUUCUUUUAUCAACUCACCACACACUCGCCAGCUCUUUGACCUCAACUUUAACAAGAUCCGCGCUGGUGAAGACGAUGAACCAGAAGUUUGGGAGUAUAGUGAAUUCAUUGCCGAUAAUUUCAUAUUGGAAGUUUUAACGCUGGCGCCUCCCAUAACUCAUACUGGCAAGUUGACUCUCGCAGAUCUCAAGGCUCGUGGCUCGUUUACAGGCGAAUACCGAGUUGCCGAUGAGCAGCCUGUUUCAGGUUCUCUUGUACCACGUGUGAUUGAACAGAUGGAACCUCAGAAGGAAUGGGAUAUGCGACUUGUCCAAGAUUUAUUUCCAUUGUUCAGCGCUGCAGAUGUUGAAGUACCUUAUACCGAUGGUUGUAACAUACACAAUAUCCAUCCUAGGAAGGUCUUUGUUAAUGGCAAGCCAUUCUUCUACAAGAGUUGCUGGUCGCCUUAUGAUGCCGUCGAUGAAGUUCAGAAGUACUGCCGCAUUGCUGCAUCAGGCUUGUCUAUACUAGAGCUGCGCACAUCCCGACUAUUUGGCAUCGUUGCAGAUAGUUACGGCCAAACCAAAGGACUGCUUUAUCACUGGAUACACAUGUAUGAUAUUGGAACUCUGGCCUCAUUUAUUGAUCAGAACGCUGUUCUUAUCGAUUUUGAGGGCGGCACGACUAGAGGAUGGGUUGAUCACGAAAAGGGUGGCUCCGUCGACGGGGACCUUCAAGGUCUGGAGAGAAUUGCUGAUUUUAUCCUUACUGGUGACUCGCAUCCCCUUGGCCAAGAGUCCGAUGUCGAAUAUGGUGAAUUUGAUUAGAUGUCACAACUAUGAACUAGCCACUAAAGUACCAUCAUCGUUGAACAUGAACCCUCCCCCACACCACGAUUCAUCAGUCAACUUUGUACGUAUGAUUUCCAGCUCCUCGCGCAUUGACUCGGGGCUAGCAUUUUCCUGAGAACGCUCAAAAUCGAGUAAUUUCACCCCUUCUUUUGUAACAAGAAAGUUGUAUCGAUCCACGUCGCCAUGUAGCAAACCGAGCCCGUGAAGGCUACCUAUGGCCGUUUCGCAGCUUCUCAGAUGGCUAAUGGAAGCAGGACUUCCUUCCAGCUUCUCCAGGAUAAAACCAAUGAUUCGACCAUUCUCGUGGACAUGACCAAGGAAGCGCGGGGCAAGGCCAGAACCCUCGAGCAGUUGGUAUGCUCUCGUUUCCCGUUCAAUCCGAAGCAGUUCCCACUCGAAAGGGGCUAUUUUGGCGAUUACCGUGGACUGUGAAUCCUGGUGGGUUGCAAUAGGUGAAUGUAAGAUGGCCUCGAAAACCAUGGUUGUGAGUUGGCUGGUAUUUUCUAGACUCAGGCAGUCGAUAGAAAGAUGAUGCCAUUGAUUCUUGAUGCCAGGCAGUCUUUGGUCAGAGAGAGUAUAUUUCAAGUCGUUACUGGUCUUAUUUCGGGAGAUAUGAGCUACAGUCCAAUUCUCAUGCUAGGGAAGAGGAGGUAGCGAUUCAAUCGGAAACGAGAGCGUGUCUGUGUCAUAGGUUCCAGGCGAUAUGACUAGGUACUUGACUUGACUUCCGAUUUGUACUCGAUAUUCGCUUUCAUAACAGUCGUCUUCGUCCACUUCCAUGGACAAAAUGACAGGUUGCUCAGUAUGCUGACCAGACAUUGUCGUGAUGUGCUAAUGGUGAACUGGCAUAGUGAAGCUGGCUG